AUGAUACGGACCCCCGAGUUGCCCGCUCACCCUAAGAAGGCUGAGGCUGCAGUUUACAUCAUCCUUGGGCGUGGGGCUGACCUCGAAGAACGAAUUCGAAGAAAACGGGGCGGAGGGGAGGAGGAGCGGGCAUGUCAUGGCGCCUGGCGCCCAUUGGCCGCCUGGGGAGACUUUGGUUUUUGGGGUCAUGUUCCCAGAAGGCCUGCCCUCCCCCCUCCCCCUCCCCACCCACCUCACGAGGUGUUGGCCAAUCGCCCCGUCGGGCAUAAAGUGGCUGCCAGCCGGCAGGACACCCAGCCAAGCCGGGUCACCCCUAAGAGGCACGGGCCGAGUCACCAGCACCCAGCAUGCGGGCACAGCUUCCACAGAGAACACUGCUCAAUCCGCCUCCAAAACCUGAACCCAUCUACCCUGAGAGAGAGCUGCCACAGGCAGUCUGCGGCCUUCCCGAGCGAGGACGCUCUGCGGGCGCUGAGCAAGCCUCACUUCCUGAGCACUGUGUAUGUCACGCUGGGCAGAGUCCGGCACCAGCUGGGGACGCUAAGACAGCAGUUUGUGAAGACUCAGGAUUUCCCAGAGCUGGAGAGGGCCAGGCAGAACACCCAAGGCAUCAGGAACAAUGUCUACUGCCUGGCUCGGCUGCUCCACCACCCCCUGGAGACACCGGAGCCCACGCAGGCGGAGCCCACGCGGCCCUCAAGGCCCACGACCACAACACCGAGCAUCUUUCAGGCCAAGAUAGACAGCUGCCGCUUCCUGUGGGGCUACCAUCGCUUCAUGGGCUCCGUGGGGAGGGUCUUGAGGGAGUGGGGAGACGGCUCCAGCCGCAGCCGGAGACACAGCCCCCUCCGGGCCCGGCGCAAGGGAGCCCGCAGAACCAGACCCUCCGCGAGCAGCCGGAGCCCUGCGCCCAGGGUCCAGGUGCCCCGGUAGCCUGAGGGCGCUGAUGGGUACAGCGUCGUCUGUGGAUGCAGGAUGGAGCCCCUCAGAGGCUUUCAGACCGACUCCGGUGUUCAGGGCUGCACAGAAAAGCACUUUAAAGGGUGGAUUGGGUCCCCCCUUCUACCACUCCGGCCUGGGGGGGCAGUCGGGUUGUGGCGCCCCCACUCCAGGCCUAGUGGGGUGGCUGGGUCAGGCCACGUGGGGCCAGCGGCUUUCCAUUGAUUCAGGGGUCUGAUGACACAAGCUGACUCACCGCCGGGCUGACCCCCUCAGGCUGCUGGUCCUCUCCUCUCAUGACUUGAAGCUGUUGCCUCCAGACUUCCUCCUUUCCCCGCGGCUGGGCUCCAAAGGGGAGGUCAGGUCCGGUGCUCUCCCUCUCCCUCACAGGCCUGGUCCCACUCAGGCCAGACACCUGGACAUCUGGGUGACCUCACUCCUGGCAGUUGUGACAGGGGGCCCGGAGUUCUGGAAGGAGCACUGAUCUGGGGGUUCAAGGGAAGAGAGCUCAGAGACUAGCUAGUUUCCUGAUUCUCUGUGCGACUGAGCAAGGCACUUUAUAAAUACGCGGAUGAAAGCCGUGCAGUGUGUGGGGGUCCGUAUGUAAGCCCCCCUCCUCCUGUCAGCUGCUGGGCUCUGCGACGUAAGGUGGACACCAAAGGCUCUGUAUAAUGGGAACAUAUGCUGCAAAUGGUCGUGGGUGGGUUGAAUGGAGAUCUGGGAGAGAAAAAAAGAAAAGAAAAGAAAGCAGUGCCUGUAAGCCCCAUCUUGGCUCCCCGCUGCUUUGUGCGCCCUCUGGUGGUGAAUUGUGGAAUUUUCACACGCUGAACAGGUCCUGGUGAGCUUGGAUGGACAUCACUAAUUUAUUAUUUCAUUUUUAUAUCAGUUUUUAAUUAGUUUUUUAUUUAUAAGGCUUAUUUAUAAUGUAUAUUUAAUGUUAAUAUUUUGCUAACGUAUUUAAAACUU